AUGGCAGACUAUCAACGUGAUCUUGAGCAACCAAAAGGUACCUAUGGUACUAAUGAUGAAGUGCGUUACACGACUGGAGCUGGUCAUACUGGAAAUAAUGGAGCGGUUGUUAAUCAUGGCGCUGGUGUUAACACUACUGGCGCUGGAGUUGGUGGAACGGAUGGGACACAUGGUGGUCCAUAUGGUUCGGCAAAUUAUGACAGGGAAACGGGAGAUUCCGCAAAUGCCGGAACCGCAACUAAGAACUUGAUAAUAGCAGGUUUGGGUGAGUUUUUCGGUACAUUUAUUUUCUUAUGGUCUGCAUUUGUUAUAGCACAAAUUGCCAAUGAUUUUAUUGCAGGACCUGGCUCUAACCCAGGUAGGAUUAUUAUGAUAGCUUUAGGAUUUGGUUUUUCAGUACUUGCUGCCAUGUUUAUGUUUUACAGGGUUUCCGGUGCUAACUUGAACCCUGCUGUCACUGUCACCUUAAUGUUAGCAGGUGCUGUUGCUCCAGUUCGUGGUGUAGUGAUGAUCAUCGCUCAAAUGCUUGCCGGUAUGGCAGCUGGUGGUAUUGCUCAUGCGAUGACCCCAGGUAGUGUCGCCUUUGCCAACAGUCUUGGCGGCGGUGCAUCUAGAUCUCGCGGUGUUUUCUUGGAGAUGUUCGCUACUGCUAUCCUAUGUUUGGUGGUGUUGUUCGUUGCAGUUGAGAAGCACAGAGCUACAUACCUUGCUCCAUUUGCUGUUGGUUACACCCUAUUCUUAGGUCACAUGAUUACUAUCUACUACACUGGUGCAGGUUUGAACCCAGCAAGAUCUUUCGGUGCUGCUGUUGCAGCAGGCCACUUCCCUAACUACCACUGGAUAUACUGGUUAGGCCCUCUACUUGGUUCUGUUAUCGCUUUUGGUAUCUGGAAGCUUUUUAAGGUCUUGGGUUACAAGACUUGCAGUCCUACUCAAGAUGCUGACCAUGAAUAA